AUGGCCGCGCUCAUGAUGGCCACGCCGGCGCUGAUUCCCUCUUCGCUGCCCACGACGUACCUGCUGACGCCCGUGGCGCCCGAGGUGCCCUGCUCGACGCUCGCCUCGCCCGAGGGCGACUACACGUGGGGCGCCCACGUCGCCACGCCCGUCCUCACGCUGCCGCCCCUGCCGCCGCCCUCCGGCCCGGGCGUCUCGACCCUGCCGCCGCUGCCGCCGCCGCCGGCGCGCAUCAGCGUCGCCAGUGUGCGCGCGCCCGGCGAGGAGGCCAUGCGCGGCGGCGCAAGAGGCGCGGGCAUGACGCUCGAAUGUGUACUUGCCGCUCAGGGCAUCGAUGCUCCCGCCUCGCAGAUGACGGGAGGCAGCGGCGGCCUUGCGCCCCUCGCCAACUGGGCACCCUUGCACGCCGCUUCCGCCACCUCGAGCAGCGCGGCGUCGGGCGGCACAAGGCCAAAGAAUAACAUCAAACAGACAAGCAGCUCCUUUGUGCAGCGCAUCAGCACGCACGGCGAACUCAACAAGAUUCUCGCGGCGCGCAGCGAGGGAGAGUGCUUUGGC